AAAAACAAAUCUUUCACCUCCAGGAGCUCCACUCUAUAAUUCACUCCUCGAACUGGACUGCCUCGGAAACACAAAAUCAACUUGAUAAUCAGAAUUUUUGGUCAAUUCAAUUAUUACUGUUUAUUAUGGUUGCAAGAUAUUGAGUCUUCGGUUACAAGUGAAGGCUGCUAGUGUAUACAGUAUAGGAAACAAAACAGUAUUGAGAUGUUUUCACUGUUUUAUGGACUGUGGAAACGGAUCUUCACCAAGAUCGAGUUUCAUGUUCUUAUUCUCGGAAUUGACAAGGCUGGAAAAACAACAUUACUGGAGAAAUUGAAAACACGGUACACAAACUUGGAAGGCCUUCCCCCAGAUCGAAUUGUUCCAACUGUGGGACUCAAUAUUGGUCGUGUCGAAGUGUCAAAUGCAAAACUUGUUUUUUGGGACCUGGGAGGUCAGCCUGGUCUUCGUUCAAUUUGGGAAAAAUAUUAUGAAGAGGCACACGCUGUGGUUUAUGUAAUUGAUGCUGCUUGUCCAUCCCGAUUUGAGGAUUCAAAAUCUGCACUUGACAAGGUUCUUCGGCACGAAGAUUUGCAAGGAUCCCCACUACUGAUAUUAGCAAACAAGCAGGAUCUUGAAGACGCUGUAUCAGCUGAUGAACUUGCUCAGUAUCUGGACCUGAAAAAGUUGGAUGAGAGUCUGUACACAUUUCAAGGUGUUUCAGCAGUUGAUGGGCUGGGGAUCAAAGAAAGCAUAAACUGGCUGAUAGAUGCUAUGGAGAGAAGUAAGCGAACUGAAACGUUGAGAGCUCGUGCAGGAUCUGGUGGUUUUUAGAAGAGAUUAUAGCUAUAUAUAAUUGUACCCUUUUGUCACUUCGUAGGUGAAUCAGUUUUCAAUUGGAUCCUAUAUUAUGAAACUUGUUAUUCUUUUUUACUUUGUUUUCAACUGCAAUGAAGAAAAAUUUUGAGGUUAUAUUUCGCCAA